GAAGUAAGCGUUGCGUCUACGUCUCUUUCUACACUUUUAGCUAAGAUCAGAGGAGCGAGAGGAAACGCCAGUAAUGGCUUGUGCUUCUUCCUGCGCGAUUUCGUCGUUCUUGUGUCACUCUCGAUCAAAAGAACCGAUCUUUCAAUCGAAAGUUUCCUCUUUGGUUUUAACGGGAAGGAGAGCUUUUGGAUCUAUUAGAGCAGCUCAAGUGAGUAGCUAUGGGAACUCUAGACGGCGCACUCAGAACGUAGAAGGGGAUAUUUAUGUUGACAGUACCUGUAUUGAUUGCGAUACUUGUCGUUGGAUGGUGCCGGAAGUAUUCAACAGAGUGGACAACAUGUCUGCUGUUGUUAAACAACCAACCUGUAAGGAAGAAAGGCUGAACGCUCUUCAGGCUUUAUUAUCUUGUCCGACUGGAUCUAUCCGCACUGAAACUCCACCUACUGACAUACGGGAAGCUCAAGAGACCUUUCCACUUACAUUGGACCAAGACAAACUGCCUGGGGUUUUUCAUUGUGGGUUUCAUUCCAAGAAAUCUUUCGGAGCAACUUCCUACUUGAUACUUCAUCAUGAGGGGAAUAUACUUGUUGAUAGUCCCAGGUACAUAGAGAAACUUGCUGGGAAGAUUGAGAAGAUGGGUGGUGUUCGCUACAUGUUUUUGACACACAGGGAUGAUGUUGCGGAUCACAAGAAAUGGGCAGAUCGAUUCAAGUGUACCAGAAUUCUACAUUCUGAAGAUGUCCAACCUUCGACCACUGAUGUGGAGUUAAAGCUGGAAGGAAGUGGACCAUGGAGACUCUACGAAGAUGUCGAGCUUAUACACACUCCUGGUCACACUGAAGGAUCAGUGUGCUUGUUCCAUAAACCUCUCAAGGCAUUAUUCACUGGAGACCAUCUAACUAUGUACGAAUCUGGAAUGAGCAUUAUAGAGAUGUACAACCAUUGUUCAUUGCCUCUCCAGCUCGAGAACGUAGAAAGACUCAUCAAGCUGGAUUUCAAUUGGGUGAUACCGGGACAUGGAAGAAGAGUGCAUUUCAAAGAUGGAGAAGAGAAGGCAAAGAAGCUGGAAGCACUUGUUCAGAAGCACAGGGAGGAACAACUUGUUUCUUCUAGCCAAUUCGGUUAUGCUUGAGAAACCUUUGUAUGCUGAUUCUAAAACCAGUGAACCAAACUAAACUAGACUGUUUAUCAUGCUGUCUGUGUGCCAGUUAUGAAGAAGCUAUGUGAGAUUGUGAGUGAUGUAUUUAUAUGUAACAUUUUAUUACCACCCUAUGUUUAAGUCAAAUUAUGAAUCAUGUUUAAUCCUUAA